AAAAAUCAUUUCUCCUUGCUGCCCUAAAAAUUCGAAGCAAAAUUUCUGUGUCCCGCUUUCAACAGCAAACUCUGGUAACCGUCCGCCGAUAUGGGUAGCUCUUCUAAUGCCGCCGCCCCUAUCAACAACGUAGACAAGGGCGUCGAUUAUGCUAACUAUUUCUGCACUUACGCUUUUCUCUAUCACCAAAAAGAGAUGCUCUCUGAUCGUGUUCGUAUGGAUGCUUACUACAAUGCUAUUUUCCAAAACAAACAUCAUUUUGCUGGAAAGGCUGUUUUGGAUGUAGGGACAGGGAGCGGCAUAUUGGCAUUAUGGUCAGCACAAGCAGGUGCAAGGAAAGUUUAUGCAGUCGAAGCCACCAAGAUGGCAGAACAUGCUCGUGAACUUGUUAAAACAAAUGGGUUUGAGCAUGUUGUUGAAGUGAUUGAGGGGUCAAUGGAAGAUAUUACUCUGCCUGAGAAGGUUGAUGUAAUCAUUUCAGAGUGGAUGGGAUACUUCCUUCUACGUGAAUCAAUGUUUGACUCAGUUAUCUGUGCUCGGGAUCGUUGGUUGAACCCAGAUGGAGUUAUGUACCCAAGCCAUGCUCGAAUGUGGGUUGCACCAAUCCGCUCUGGAUUAGUGGAUCAAAAGAAGAUUGAUUAUGAUAGAGCAAUGGAUGAUUGGUCCCAUUUUGUCAAUGAGACGAAAACGUUUUAUGGUGUGGAUAUGGGCAGUCUGACUAAGCCUUUUACGGAUGAGCAGAGAAAAUACUAUCUACAGACAUCAUUGUGGAACAACCUUCAUCCAAAUCAAGUAAUUGGAAAACCUGCUGUCAUAAAGGAGAUUGAUUGUUUAACAUCAAGUGUGAAUGAUUUACUCAGUCUUCAGGCAAAUAUCUCAUCAAUCAUUACUGCAGAAAAUACACGAUUCUGUGGGUUUGGUGGAUGGUUUGAUGUCCACUUUCGAGGACGCAAGGAGAAUCCAGCUAAAAAUGAGAUUGAGUUGACAACAGCUCCAAGUGAAGACCUUGGAACACACUGGGGGCAGCAGGUGUUCUUGUUCUAUCCAUCCACACGUGUUAGCCAAGGAGAUAAUAUGACAAUGAAUUUCUCAAUGAAUCGCUCUAAAGAAAACCAUCGGUUGUUGGAAGUUGAGUUUGAUUGUGAGCUUAGACAAUCUUCUGGAAAGUCACUUCCAUCAUUCAGCAAAAAGUUUUACAUAGAAUGAGGAGCACGGCCUGAUUUUUCGAAGUGUCAUGUCUAAAGGCCAACGGGAUGAUCGCUACUGGUGUACACGAUCCUCUGGGGAAGAAAUUCAGCCAUUUCUGCAGCUGACUUAUGCUAUUGUGUCUUGCCCCCCUAGACUCCUGUGCCCUUCUCAACAAAUUUGCCUCUUAAAUCCAUUUUGCAUAUUUUUUUCUAUUUUUUUUUUUGGGCCUGGAAACUAGGCGUGUUCCCGGGGGCGCUAGAAGCUUUGGAAUGUUUUGUAAGCAUGCAGGAUCACCCACCUACAAUUUGUGCGGGAAAUGGAGGACUGGUAGGUCAGCAUGAUGUCCACUUUAAACGCAAGUUUGUAUCUAAAGACGAAACUAGUGCUACCUGCUCUCGUCAGUGUGCAAGUAUUCUGUAGUCUUGUUAGUGCCAUCUAUUCUAGUAACUUCCAUUUGGAAUGGAGUAUUCAUCUUAUGAAGCCAAGAGACCAAAAAUGAGAUAAAUUCAUUCUAAAAAUAGCUUAGUUUGUUCUUCUAUCGUCCUUUUUUAUUCCUAUUGAAGUUCAUUGAAACAUCAAAAAUUAGUGAUUUUUGUUGGAUAUGAAAGGUUCAAAUUUACGAUCUUA